CGUCAUUUUCAGAGAUGUUUCAAAUGUUUAAAAAACAAUUUGUGUAAACAAUUGACGAAAUAUCGGAUCAAUUGAUUGGUGACAAUGAGUGGUCACUUCAGAUACACUCAAUGGGAUCCGCAGCUCAUUAUAUCCCAAAUAAUCACAAUUCAGUCCCUGUUUUACACGUCUUUAGGUGUCUUAAUAUACAUCAGUGAUUGCAUUACUGGACACUCACCACAACUCAACCAUCUCUUCAAUUAUCAGGAGUUGAACUUCAAGUCAAGUCACGGACGGCUUAUUAUAUUAUCAUAUUUUCUGAACGCACUCUUCGGAGCACUUGUUUUGUGGCAUUUGGUUCAGAGGGCGAAACCGUGUCUGGACUUCUCGGUGACCACACAUUUGAUCCAUUUGGUGAUAUGUUGGGUCUUCAGCGGUCACUUCCCGUCAUCGAUGUGGUGGUGGAUCGUAAACAUACUGUCCGUCACAAUCACAUGCGUUUGCGGAGAGUUCUUGUGUCUCAAGACUGAACUCAAAUCCAUUCCUCUGACACUCUCUCAAAGAACUGAAGUUUAGACUCAUUUUUUGUUUCGUUUUAUAAUUUAUAAUCUUUAUUACGGUAAUAUUAUUAUCUUUUUCUGUAAUUUUCUGUAAAUAACAUUUGUUUUUUGGUUUAUAUUUAUUAAAAUUAGUUUUAAUUUGAAAUUACAAACAAA